AAAUUUCAUCUUUUCUGGUAAAGGAUUUGUUAUGCAAUGUUUAGAGGGGAAAAAAAAGAAAUGAUGAACAAAUAAAGCAGAAGUGGAGACCCAGGGAGCAGUUGUAUGUGACACGGGGGAGGCAGAACAACACUGAGAAGGAACCAGUCAACUGGGCAGAAAGACAUUCCAAUCCAUUGGCACAAGAUGGACAGAGGAAAAUGGCAAAGUGAUUUUGAUAAUGAUAUAUAUGAAAAUAUCACUUGCACUGAGGAACCCACUAAAACUGCAUUGAAGAUGAGGAAGAUUCAACAGGAACCUAAAGAAGAAAACCUCUCACCAAAAUUUCUAAAGACAAGUGAAAUGUUGGAGACACAGAGGAGACUCCUGAUGGUUCUGGGGACCCUACUGGUUCUUGUCUUCACUUUCCUGAUAGUCCUGACCUGCCUCAUGUUUAUCUACUAUUCUAUGGUGAACAGUCAGCUAAAGCAGCAAGAUGAGGAAAAGGCCAACCUUCUAACACAAAUCACAACCAUAAACCAAAUAAUUGUUGAGCAGAAAGCCAACCUUCUUACACAAAUUACAAGCACAAAGCAGACACUUGAUAAUCAGAAAACACAAAUCACAGCCAUGCAACAGACACUGGAUUCCCGUAUAUCCGAGUCUAUGCGCAGUACUAAACAGGACAUCUUACAGACAAUACAAAAUGAGAAAACCAAAUGUGAUUCUGGCUGGAAAGCAUUUGAUGGAAGCUGUUAUUUUAUUGAUACAACUGAGAGGAACCAGGACGAUGCCCAGGCCACUUGUAAAUCAAUGAACAGUGAUCUGGUUAUUAUCAACAGUGACAGGGAAAAGAACUUUAUUGAAAGUAUUACUGACAGCUCAUCUUUUUGGAUUGGCCUCAAAAGGGAUAAGAAUAAUAAGAAAGAGUGGAGAUGGGUGGAUGGGACAUACUAUUAUCCAUCACAGCGAUUUUGGAUGAAUGGGGAGCCAAAUAAUGAAAGCGAAGAAUGUGUUCAUACGUCGAAAGAGAAAAAGUGGAAUGAUAUUUUUUGCACCUAUAAGUAUAAAGCAAUCUGCGAGAAAAAAUAAUAUAUUGGUUAAAGUUUUGGAGGAGUGGAUAUCAGAUUUUGGAGCACCUUAGAAAAGUCUCCUAAAAACAAGGAAGGAGAAUUAAUUGGUCUUGUAUCUAAAUGACUAUCCCCUCAGUUUAUCCCCUUAGUCUGAGCACAGCCUGUGUAUUCCUCAAAGUAUUGCUUGCCUGCAGCAUUGACAUCUUUGUUUUCAAUAAAUUGUUGUAAUGAAA